AGAGAGAGAGGUUAAAGAAUCCUCUAGAUUUCUCUCCAGUCCCCGCGAUGUCCAAAGGCAGAGAGAGGCAAAUUUUAUAGGGUUUGAUCGUAUAAAAGAUUUUUUUUCUAUGUUUUUUUAAAUCUAACUAUUAAAGUAUGAGAUGUAUAAUAUAAAUAGAAUCUUAUAAAUAUUUUUCUGAACAAAAGUGCUUCCGAUAGAGACGGUUUGCAGUUGCAGCGCAGGCAAGCAAGCCCUACAGACCCGCCCACUGGUAGUAGUAGGGAGUUCAGAUUCCCGAAGGCAAGAAGAGCAAAUCGAAGCAGGACACCGCUGCUGGCUGCUGCAUUCGGGGAGGAGGAGCGCGAGCGAGAGGAGGAAUGGCGUGCCUGCACGAUCACAGCUGCGAGGAUCACAACUGCGCCGCCGACUGGUCGCUCUUCAACCACAUCGACAUCCCCAAGGUGGUGGCUCUGAACGAGUCUGUGCCCGGGAGCGUCAAGUCGGUCUUCAAGCCGUGGGAGCAGCGCCUCGACACCUCGGGGGGUUUUCUGGAGAGUAAUGAGGGUGACCCUGAGCUACUUAUUUUCAUCCCGUUCACAUCGGAUGUUAAGAUCAAGAGCAUUUCUAUUGUUGGUGGAGCUGAUGGAACAAGCCCUUCAAGAAUGAGAGCGUUCAUCAAUAGAGAAGGUAUUGACUUCUCUGAUGCUCAAAACAUGCAGCCUGUGCAGGAAUGGGAGUUAGCAGAGAACUUGCAAGGAGUUCUUGAGUACCAAACAAGAUAUUCAAGGUUCCAAGGUGUGGCUAACCUAACGCUGCAUUUUUCUGAUAACUUUGGUGGCGAUACAACUAAGAUUUACUACAUUGGGCUACGUGGUGAAGCUACUCAGAACAAAAGGGACGUUGUGGCGACAAUUGUGUAUGAAGUAAUGCCCAACCCUUCUGAUCACAAAACAAAAUCUGAGACUGGAGGUGGUUUCUCGCAUGUUGAGUAGGGCAUCAUGCCAGGUGAGGUAUAUCUACAGCUCCAAAGCGUGCAAUCUGAACUUCUACGGUUCCUACUGGGCUGUCACCAGUAUCACUUCUUUUUUCACGCCAUGCUUACUCCACAGAGCUUAAGAGGCAGAUGCUGGGUACCGCGUCGUCUGGAGGCUGGGUCGACCCCUGUUCCAUUAAUAAGAUAAAUCCAUCUCGUAAACUUUUAGCUUGGCAUUUGAGCAGAGAACUCUGUACAUGUGGACGCUGUAACUUGCUGCUAAUGCUGUCAUCAGAGUUGGUCACUCGUAUGAUUUGGUACUCUCAAAUUUCUGGUACUCUUUGUUCCAUGUUGCUGAAGUGGUGUGAUAGAUAAUUCUCCAGUAUGUAUGAAUCGUGUAAUCUCUUGCGAGCAGUAUUAAAAUGCUAGUACCAUACCAUUUACAUGA